ACGCGUGACGUCACAUGUAAACACCACCAGCCCUCCCGUUGCCUGCAGCUCCUCUUCAGCUUUCCGCCGAGCAGCGAUGUUACAACUAAAGAACCGCAUGCGAUACAGCACGCCGGGCGUCGCCGCCGCGAAGCUCUUUUCCUCCGUUCCAGCUAAGAACCCCGUCGUGUAUUUGGAUAUCGAGGCCGACAAUGAGCCUCUUGGAAGAAUAACUAUUGAGUUGAAUGCAGAUGUAGUGCCAAAGACUGCAGCAAACUUCAGAGCACUGUGCACUGGGGAACUUGGCUUUGGAUUCAAGGGAUCUGUGUUUCACAGGGUCAUACCUGAGUUCAUGUGUCAGGGGGGGGAUUUCACCCACCACAACGGCACUGGAGGGAAAUCUAUAUAUGGCAAGACGUUUAAAGAUGAAAACUUCAAAUUAAAACACACUGGUCCAGGAACUCUUUCAAUGGCAAAUUCAGGGCCAAACACUAACGGCUCCCAGUUCUUCAUCUGUACGACCAAAACUGAAUGGCUUGAUGGUAAACACGUGGUGUUCGGGCAGGUCAAGGAAGGUAUGGAUGUGGUCAGCAAGAUGGAAUCCUUUGGUUUACAUGACGGCGGUGUGAUUAAGAAAAUUGUCGUCACUGACUGUGGGGAGAUCAAAUAACAACUAAGAUCACACAUGGACUUCUGUUGGAUGACUCAGCAUGCAACCAUUGGGUAUUUACUUUAUAUUUCGUUCUGUGGUGUUCAUGACACCUUCAAGGAGGAACUGUCACAGGCGAUUCUGCUGUUUUACUGUUGAUUAUGAUGUCAGAAGAUCUCUUGCUUUUCUGAGUUUGAACUUGAACCAUUUUUAUACAAGCACUAAGUCAUGUCUAUGUUCAAUGCUGUUAUUGCGCAAUUUGCCACUUUCUGCCAAAUAAAAUGACCGUUUUCAGAAAGUU